AAAGUUAAAGGACAAAAAUGAUUUUCACCCAUAAAGGGAAUGGAAUAGGAACAUUUCAUAGCGGUUACUCCAAAUACAUGACCCACAUAUCCUUGGUGGUUUAUCCCAUAUGCUCAAACCCUAAUUCCGCUUGUUUUGUGCUUCCCCUCUUACAAGUGUGUUCAUCCAACCCCUAAUUGCGCAAUUCCGAAAUUAAUUUCAAUAGGUAGAUGUCGACUGGCAGAGGAGGGAGAGAUAGAGACAGAGAUAGGCAUCGCAGGGACCAUCCUCCAAGACCUGAAGAGAAGAGCCAUCAUGUUCGUGAACAUCCCCCUUCCAGACACCUUUGGGUUGGAAAUCUGUCUCAUAAUCUUUCAGAAAGUACUUUAGCCAAUCACUUCUUACGUUUUGGGGAUCUGGAAAGUGUAGCAUUUCAACCAGGCCGAAGUUAUGCUUUCAUUAAUUUUAAAGAUGUGGAUGGGGCCUUUGCUGCUAUAAGACAUCUCCAAGGUUAUGUUGUUGCUGGCAAUCCACUUAGGAUUGAGUUUACGAAGGCGGACAAAUCAUCACCAGCACCACCACGGGAUGCAGAGUAUUUUCCACGUCGAGAUGAACGUCCCAUGAUAAGAAGAUCUCCAUUUCCGCAAAGGGAUUUGAGGAGUCGCCACUCUACUCCUGACCUUCCACCAUAUCCAGACAAAUCAAAGUUAGAUGAUAAGAGUGGAGAACCCAGUGAAGUUUUGUGGAUUGGGUUUCCUGCGCAGCUGAGGGUAGAUGAAUUUAUUUUGCGAAAAGCCUUUUCCCCAUUUGGACAGAUAGAUAAGAUUACUGCAUUUCCUGGGAGAACUUAUGCCUUUGUUCGAUACAAGAAUGUGAUGGCAGCUUGCAGGGCAAAAGAAGUAUUACAAGGAAAAUUAUUUGACAAUCCUCGUGUACAUAUUUGUUUUGCCCGGGCGGAAUCUGGAACUCCCAACAAGGAAAGGAGCUCAAUGAAUGAUUCACCAGCCUCACGUUUGAGAUCACAUGGGCACAUUGGUUCUUCUGAGAACCUUCGACAUGAUAGGAACUUUGGUAGUGUUCCUGGAGAUCAUGGCAUGAGGUCUCCAAGGUUUCACUCAGAUAUGGAUCCUGGUGAUUCUCGUCUUGUUAGUUUUGGCAGAAAGGGUAAUUCAUGGGCAGGUGAAGAUGGUACACUUGAUAGAAGGAGAUUUCCUGUUAUAGAUUCUGAACUGGGACAUGGGGACAAUGCUUACAAUCAGCAUAGUCCUCCAAGGAAAAGAGCUGUAGACAUCCGUGAGUUUUCUCCUCAACGGUUCCCUAGACAAGAUCCGUUCUAUGAUGAUUCAUGGGACUUGCCUGAGGAUCCUUUGGUCUUUCAUGAAGCUAAGAAACUGAAAACCAGCUCCUAUUUUCCUGAAAAUGAGCUUCCAGAAUAUCCUUUCAAUGAUAUGGAACCAGCAAGACAAAGGGGGUACCAUGAGUUUUCCCAAACUGAGGUGCUUGAUAAAAACUUUGAUUCUGGAUCUCUUGUUCAUAGACAGAUUCCUGAGCGGAUGAUGAACACCAAUGUACCUUACCCGGAGGAGAACGACCAGUGGAAUUCACGUUUUGAUGGUUUUAAGGUGGGCUCUGGUCAAUUGGCUUCAAAUGCUGAGCAGAAAAGGUUGACUCCUGAACCACAUCCCUCAUCCAAGAGUGCUGAGUGGAAAUGGGAAGGUACUAUUGCUAAGGGAGGAACUGUUGUCUGUCAGGCUCGAUGCUUUCCUGUGGGCAAACCUCUAGACAUGAUCUUACCGGUCUACUUGGACUGCACAGCAAGGACUAGUUUAGACAUGCUUGCAAAGCAUUACUAUCAAGCUGCUGGUUCUUGGGUUGUCUUCUUUGUUCCAGCUACUGAUGCUGACAUGGCAUUUUACAACGAAUUCAUGAAUUAUCUUGGUGAGAAGCAGCGAGCUGCUGUGGCUAAAUUGGAUGAUAGGAACACUAUGUUUCUUGUACCUCCUUCUGACUUCUCUGAGAAGGUCCUUAAAGUACCAGGAAAACUGAGCAUCUCUGGUGUUGUUUUAAGAUUAGAACCUCCUGCUUCCAGUUAUGGAUCUCACCCUGAGAAGAAUGAAACUAGUAUUACCAGUUUCCAGGGCAUCACAUCGUUUCCCAAGCCGAUAUCGCCUUCUGGGCCUAAUCUCGCACUUAUAUCUUACACAGCUACUCAGAGACCUGGAAUCAGCAAUACGUCGUAUCCUGGGAUGGAUACUGGACCUCCAGCUGCUUCAUUUUCAAGCUCUCUUCAGCCAGGUGGCAACUUUUCUGAGUCAUUUAGUGGAGACAGGCAUAAUUACAUGGUCAAUCAGCAGUACCCUGCCAUGGGACAGAACUGGCCUUCCCAUGAAAUGCAGAACCCAAAUCCUAGUGUCAGCAAUAUCGUCUCACAAUCAUCCAGAAAUGAUCCUACCAUUGGUCAGGGGUAUAACCCGGCCAUGCCUGGUACUGGGCAGGAGAGUUCUAGCAUCUAUAGGGGUGAAGUUUCAAGUAUCCAUUCAAAUGGUAAUAAUAGACCUCCGGAGGCAAAGACACCAGCUGCACCUUUUCAAUCAGAACAACUUGCAUCGCUAGUCUCGUCACUUCUUGGGCAGCAGAGGCAAUCAGGGGUUGCUUCAACAGGACAAGAUUCUAGACAACCAGGCACUGCUUACUUGCCUGACAACUCAUACAGGACACCUCAGAAUAUUCCAUUCUCAAACAAUCAGCCUGUUGAUCAUUCAUCAUCACAGUUUGGUCAAAUGCAACAAAUGCUUCAGCAACUGCGACAACAGCAGCAGUCAAUGACGAGUUUGCCAGGACCACCUCCAAGAGAGCUUCAGCACGGCACUAACUUGAGCCAACUGCAAACUGCAGCCAAUGAGGAAACAGACCCAGAGAAACGCUUGCAGGCAACAUUACAAUUGGCAACAGUUCUUCUUCAUCAAAUUAAACAAGGUAAAUCAUAAGUCAAAUAUGUACCCAAGUAGGUCAAUAAUCACUAUGUAUUUCGAUGCAUGUAUAUGCGAUAAGUGUCUUCUUCGUGCUGUACUUUCACAUCUGACCUGUUGCUAAGAAACUUACUGUGGUAUUCUGUUCCUACAAAUUUCUGUAACUUUCUCAGUAGUGCUUGUUAAAAUUGUCGCAUCAA